UGUGACAUUGUUGGAUUGGUACUAUUUAAGCACCUCUAAUUCUUCACAUUUUUCUGUAUCUAAUUUAGCUUCUUCAAUUUGCCUAUUUUUGCAAUUGCACUACAAAGAAAAUGGCAAAAAUUGGCUUUCUUUUGUUAGCUUUAUUCUCUGUUCUUCAAUAUCAUGCUCAUGCAUUCACUGCUUCAGGCUGGACCAAGGCUCAUGCCACUUUCUAUGGCGGUAGUGACGCUUCCGGAACAAUGGGGGGUGCUUGUGGGUACGGUAACUUGUACUCGGCUGGAUAUGGUACAAGAACGGCUGCACUCAGCACUGCUCUUUUCAAUGAUGGUGCUGCGUGUGGCCAAUGCUACAAAAUCAUAUGCGACUACAAGGCGGACCCAAGAUGGUGCAUCAAAGGAACAUCUAUUACUAUCACUGCCACAAACUUUUGCCCACCAAAUUUCGCUCAACCUAGUGACGAUGGAGGUUGGUGCAACCCGCCACGCCAACAUUUUGACAUGGCACAACCCGCUUGGGAGAAAAUUGGAAUCUAUAGAGGUGGAAUUGUCCCCAUUAUCUACCAAAGAGUACCAUGCAAGAAACAUGGAGGUGUUAGGUUCACAAUCAAUGGUCGAGAUUACUUUGAGCUUGUUCUCAUUAGUAACAUCGCUGGUGCUGGAUCAAUUCAAUCGGUGCAAGUAAAAGGGUCGAAAACAGGAUGGAUGGCAAUGUCAAGAAAUUGGGGAGCUAAUUGGCAAUCAAAUUCAUACAUGAAUGGUCAAUCAUUGUCUUUCAUGGUAACAACAAGUGAUGGUGUGACAAAAACCUUUCCCAAUAUCGUCCCAGCUAAUUGGGGAUUUGGGCAAACGUUCUCUAGUUCGGUGCAGUUCUAAGAUGGCCGGUUUGGUCUAUGGUUUUAUGGAUGGCAGCGGCGUGCUUACUCUUUUUGUGGAAGCAGCCCGCCAUUUGGAGACAUGGUGGUCUUUGUUUUUGUCAUGUUUUUGGGAUAUUGAUGCAAUGAUAAUAAUAUUUGUAACACACACAUAGAUUUAUUACAUUGAAAGAGGUUAAGUUUCUUAUA